UCAUCCGCAAGCACAGAGAACUGCAAGAAAUGUCUUGCUCAAAAGAUCAUGUUGUGCUCUUUGUGUACCGUAUAAGCAUGCGGCACAACCAGAAAGCCCUUCUGCUGUUGUGUGUGUGGCUUCUGUGCACACAGCCAGUGUCCAGCGGCAACCAAAGCUCUCGGGGCCAAACUGGUCGAUAUGAAGUUAAGCCGGGUACUUGUGAAGUGGUGGCGGCUCAUCGUUGCUGUAAUAAGAAUAAAAUCGAAGAGAGAUCUCAGACGGUCAAGUGCUCCUGUCUGCCUGGACAGGUUGCUGGCACCACCCAUGCCCAACCCUCAUGUGUGGAUGCUUCUGUCGUUCAGUGGAAAUGGUGGUGUCAGAUGGAGCCGUGUUUAACAGGUGAGGAGUGUAAAGUGUUGCCUGACCUCACUGGCUGGUCCUGCAGCUCAGGGAACAAAAUCAAAACUACCAAGGUCACGCAGUAG